GUAACUACAGAUGUUAAAAUGUGUGGCAAAUUUCUCCUAAACUAUGUUAUAAGCAAUUUGCAAUGCAGAUUGAUGAAUCCUCCCGCUUGCAGUCUUAUCUGGCUAGGUUGCUUAUCUUUCAUCAAAAAUUGUUAGACGAUCGUUCUUCAACACUGUUUGAUCUGAUCAUCUGCUACAAGUCUAUAAUCUUGAAAGAUUCAAAUCAGCUUGGCACCCAAGAGAGAGCUAGAUAUAAAUGGAAUAGAGAGAGAUCUGAAAUGAUAACGCUUUAACUAUUUUCUCAACAGAGAAGAAAUAACGGAAAGAAGAAGAAGGUGAGGGAAUGGAAAUGAGCUAGGGAUUUGAAAUGCUACGAUUGAAAAAGAAGAAGUUGCCACAAACACACACUCUAAUCUAACCCGGAUUAACAUCUUACAGCAUAAUUUUGAGUUACGAUCCUUGAAAACGAGUAAUUUUUUUAACAUAAGUGCAUUAAUCAAAGAGUUUGAAACGUUUGUACUCAGUCAGAUCGAUUACUGGAACAGAAAACAGGACAAGAGAAAUUAGAAAGGCAAAGCUGCUGAAGCGUUCUCCAAAGUUCUAUCACUAAAAUAGGUUUAAAAGCAGAAAUAGAUCUCAUCCAGGUAGAAACAGAAGCAGGAUAAAGUUUUAGCUGUUCACUUAUACAGAGUGAGUCCGAGCUUCACUGAAGAACAAACAAAGGAAGAAAAUUAAAGAAGCUACGAAGAAGAAAAGAGCGAACAUACCUUCAGACGAGAUUAACAGGAAUCGGAAAAUGCCGCGGACGAGAAGCUCGCUCCGAUCG